AUGGCUCCUCUCCGCAACACUCUUAUCUACCUGAUGACUGCUACAUUCACAACAGUCUAUGCCGAGCAUCUAAGAGUCGUCUGGUCAUCUGGCACCUUCUCAUCGAUCUCUGGUCCUAACGGCGGCAACCAGAAUGGCGGAUACAGCGGCUUCGCAAUCCUCAAUGACGCAGGCGAUGCAGUCUACGAUCAGGCUUAUCCUGACGACCAUUCACCUUGUUAUACUGGAGGCCGUGAGUUCACCAUCGAGGGCGACUGCUGGGCUACUCCACGCAAGUUCCAGUGCACGGCCGACUUUGGAGGCCAGCCCCAGAGCUGUGAGGUUAAGGACGGCGACGGCAACAGCUUGGGUGCUGCUGAUGCACAGAAAGAUACCACUUUCAUUGGCAUCGCCAUUGGUAUUGAUGCUAGCUGUGUGAUCGAAUUUGAUUCCGACAGCGACGGCUGCCCUAUCGAUGAUGGCAACGGUCCCUUGCAUGUUACAUCGGGUUAA